AUGUUUCCUCUUCGCCAAGUAAUUGCAACUGUACGCUAUACAACUCCAGCAUUCCGAUCAAUGUCAGCAAGUACAGGUCCUUUAAUAGACUUGGCAGUUGACAAUGACGGUAUAGCAACAUUAACCAUGCAGAGACCUCCGGUAAACAGUCUGAACUUGGAAUUGCUAGAUGCAUUAGGCAAAGCACUUGAUGAUGUAUCUAAGAACAAGUCCAGGGGCGUCGUCUUGACAUCGUCAUCACCUACAGUAUUCUCUGCUGGUCUGGACAUUAUGGAGAUGUACAAACCUGAUAUAAAAAGAGUUGAAACAUUCUGGACAACAUUACAAGAAGUCUGGCUUAAAUUAUUUGGAUCCAACUACCCUACUGCUGCUGCAAUUAAUGGUCAUGCACCUGCUGGUGGAUGUCUCCUGUCAAUGUCCUGUGAAUACAGAGCUAUGGUCACAGGGAAAUACAACAUUGGUUUGAAUGAAACAGCAUUGGGCAUUGUUGCUCCAAAGUGGUUUAUGGACACUAUGUGUAAUACUAUAUCUAAGAGAGAGGCUGAAUAUGCACUCACCACAGCUAGAAUGUUCAACACUGAUGAAGCAUUGAAGGUGGGACUCAUCGACGUUUUAGCUACAGACAAAUCUGAUGCGGUUGAUAAAUGCAAGAAGUUUAUAAAGAAAUUCGACAAAAUCUCGCCUAUAGCUCGUGCUUUAACCAAGCAAAAGAUUAGGGCGGAACCUUUGACGUGGCUCAUCAAGAAUCGUAAACAGGACACUGAUGAGUUUUUAACUUUUGUACAGAACCCAAAAGUACAACAAUCGUUAGAACUUUACAUUCAAGCUCUCAAACAGAAAUCUGCUAAAUAAAUGCCUAAUCACAAUUAUGUAAAUAAAACGUAUGUUGUAAUUAUAAAUUGUAUAAUUAAAAUAGUGUUCAUUUACUUAUGAGUAUUUUUGAACAAUUCUAACAAAUUUUGUAAAUAGUAGGAAUUUUGUAUUAUAUAUUUUAGUCAUUUAUAUAAAUACAAUUUUAUACCACUAAAAUCUAUGAUAUUGUUUUAAUAAGUACUUAGAAUUAGUGUUGUAACCAUUGUCAUAGAUAUAAAAAUGAAUAUAAGACUACAAUAAUAGAUACACCAAGCACAUGUUUGGGUCAUGUGGGUGUCAUGGGUGAAAUGUAGCAUUGACUUUGUAAUAUUUAUGACCCCAAGUAACCAUUGUAUAACGUUGAAAUGGAACAUUGAUCCCACAACUUAGUAGACUUCAAAUUGUGCCAAAACCGUCUACAGUAUGAAAACAAUUAGAAUAUGUACUGUUUUAAAUGUUUGAUAUGAUUAACAAUAUAUUGUUCUUGUUUUAUAUGUAAUAUU